AUGACACAUGGAUAUUUGAUGGCAAAAGGCGACCCACCAAUUACAAUUAAACACGUCAUCUUCGAAGAAUGCAAAAUACAUGAAAAACUAAACAUAAGCCAUGAUAUCGGAAUAAGUCUUAGUUCAAAUCCUAGAGAACAAAAACUGUCGGAAGACAAAUCGUUGGCGAUUGGACAAAAUGCGGAAGACGGGACGGCGAUCGCUGUUGAAGACGAUCAGACAACGUUUGACGUUAAAUAUUUAGGCAACACUCCGGUGGAUUCUACGGCUAGCGCCAUCGCCGAAGCGGUUAAAACCAUUUCGGUUAUGGCUAAAGCCAGCAAAAGAAAACCACAGAACGUAACGGUUACGUUAAAUGGACAAGGUAUCAAAGUGAUAGAGACUAGUGACGAAAAGAAGAUAGUUCUGGAAACACCAAUAGAAAGGGUGUCUCAUUGUUUUACCGACUCGGCUCACGGCAAUGUGUUCGCCUUCGUCACAGCCAGCGGCCAAACCAUGUCGGAGUGUCACGCUUUCAUGUGCUCCAAACGGAAAAUGGCACAAAACAUGUCCGUCACUAUCGGCCAAUCGAUCAGCUCUGUGCCGGACGUCUGGAAGGAGAUUAACAAACCGAAACCAGACGCCGACUUGAAAACGCCAGACGUGAUUCCCGCAGACACCGUUCCAGAUAACGUGGCUCAAGAGGUUAGAGAAGCGAAGUUAAUCGACUUGUCAGGAGAACCUCUGCCCAGACAGCAAUACGAUACAUCCAGAUGGGUUUUGUUCGAAGAUGAUUCAUCUUCCAAGUUGGAUGUGGAGUUAUUACACCAAAGGUAAACAUAUUUUAAAAAUAAUAUUAUUUUUAC